CCACACCACGAGAAGAAACUAUCUUCCUUCCACACUCAAAACCACCAUUAAAGCCUUUUCCUUUUCUUAAUUUUUUUUAUUAUCUUAUUCUUUUAGCUCCGAGAAACAUAAUCUGAUUAGUUUCUUUAUUUCUGUGAUUCAGAGGCCUUAAGCUCGAGCAUCGACCAUGGCCUCCUCUUCAUCCACGGCCCUUUCGAUCUCUUCCUCUUCGACCAUCAUCGAUUCCAGGGCUCCGCCUCGUCAAUCCGCCGCCGUUUCGCCGUCGUGUGUCACUCUUCCGACGCUUCCUCCGCCGCCGGUCCAGUCCCAGACCCGCACCGCAAAAGCCUCUGCUUACUGUCGGAAGAUGGUUAGGAACGUCGUUGCGAGGGCGACCGGUGAGGCUCCCGCCGAAGUUGCGACGACGGAGCUGCCGGAUAUCGUCAAGACCGUUCAGGAUGCUUGGAACAAAGUGGAGGACAAGUACGCAGUCGGUUCUCUUGCAUUUGCCGGAGUAGUGGCGAUCUGGGGAUCCUCCGGCAUGAUCUCGGCAAUCGACAGGCUUCCAUUGGUUCCUGGAGUCCUUGAACUAGUUGGCAUUGGUUACACUGGGUGGUUCACUUACCAGAACCUCGUCUACAAACCAGACAGGGAAGCUUUCUUGCAGAAGAUAAAGGACACUUACAAAGAAAUCAUAGGGAGCGGCUGAAGAACCUAUGAACACACCCUCCCUGUUUUAUGUGUGUGGCUCAGUUUCUAACACCGUCCUGUCCGACCUUCCCCCUUCGUCCUUGUGCUUAUAUUCCAAGAGACGCGUAACCAAACGUUUUCCGAGCUCUCCCACCUUCGAUCCUUAGAUAUGUGUAAUCCAUCGACGCCGAUGUUGUAAAUCCACAGACUCUUUUUCACAAAAAGAGUUGUCCGUUCUAUGUUGGAUGUCCUGAUGAUUUUCUGUGUUAAAACACGUGCGGUUUUUUAUCAGACGAAUCAAGUCUCUUCUUUGUGA